CCAAAAACAGCGUAAUCAAUUCCAGAAAAAGAAGAUUCAGGUACAAUGCAGAGAUCCAUGCAGAUUCAACGGCCCUGAGCUAAUACAAGAACGCUUAGACCUUGUAACUGAGCAAGGAUUCUCAACAAGAAAAACAGAUUUCAUAAAAGAGAUAGUCAAAAGAAAUGCUCUGAAAUGUGCCAAGUAAUACAAAUCUUAUGCAAAGAAACACCUUCUAAGCCAAAUAAAACGAGAUUAAAGGCCCUUUUUUUUUGCCAAAAGUGCUGAAGCAGUGGUUUGGCAAGCAAAAGAUACACUGCUUGACAUGCUUCCUCAGAUUGGACCAAUUACUUUGUCAAGCCUUCACAAGUAUCUUAUUCCUUGU